AUGGCAUCGCUCUCGUUUUAUGCAGUUUUAGUCAUAUUUUUGAACGUAAAAGUCACAUUCCAACAAGCAACGUUUCAUCCAGGUGCAAAGAAUGUUAAAAUUGCUAAUCUUUUUCGUAUACGUCACCAUAGACUCGCUGUCUCUCCGCUUGUAAGUUUAGAACUCCCUGACGAACUGAAAUGUUUAACCACUUGUGUUAAAAGUGACGAAUGUUACUGUGUAAAUACGAAGAAACAGGAAAAUGAAAAUGUGAUGUGUGAGUUACUAAAUCGCACCAUGUAUCAAUAUCCUGAGAAGUUAACAAAAAGCGAACGCAGUUCUCAUUGGUAUACUAAG